GGUAGGUAUUAUAAUUGUGUAGUGUGUAAAUGGUUGAUGUCGAUACUUAUUUGCAUAUUAUUUACAUGAUAUUAAUACAUUGAUUCUUAUUUUUUCUUGACUGUCAGAUCAUUAAUCUUGGUUAUUUAAUUUUUAAAUUUAAAUUUAUUAAUAUUUUGUGUUCUACCUAAGAAGUUGUUAAUUAUCUGCUGUGCUUACUACUUAGUGGCUGUAUACAGUGAAUCUACUUUUGAUAUUCUUGAUAAUAUUGUUCAACAUUAGCUAAUUAAUAAAUACCUACCUACCCAAAAGUAAUUAAAAUGGAUCUCAAGUUAAUUUCCAGUAAUAAAAGUUUUGGUGGUUACCAGAAAGUUUUUGAACAUUUUAGUCCUACAUUGCAAUGUAACAUGAAGUUUGGCAUUUACUUACCACCUGGAGAGAAUGAAAAUGAAAAAUUUCCAGUGCUAUUUUACUUAUCGGGUCUUACAUGUACUGAACAAAAUGUUAUCACUAAAUCAGGAUUUCAAAGGUUUGCUGCUCAAUACAAAAUAAUUGUUGUUGCUCCUGAUACUAGUCCAAGAAACUGUAACAUUCCUAAUGAAGAUGAAAAAUGGAAUGUUGGUUCUGGUGCUUCUAUGUAUGUUAAUGCUAAACAGGAACCGUGGAAUAAACAUUAUCAGAUGUUUACCUAUAUAACUGAUGAACUUUAUCAACUUGUCCAAAACACUUUCCCAGUUAUACAAGAUAAAAUAUCUAUUUCUGGACAUAGUAUGGGUGGACAUGGGGCAUUGUUAUGUGCUUUACUUUGCCCAGGAAAGUAUAAAUCAGUGUCAUUAUUUGCACCUGUUUGUAAUAUUACUAAUUCACCUACAUUAAUUGAUGGAUUAACAACAUUAAUUGGAGAAGAAAAAGACAUUUUGCAAAAAUGGGAUACAACUUUUUUAGUAAAAGAAUAUAAUGGUCCUGAAAUGGAAAUUUUAAUACAUGUGGGUAGUGAUGAUGAAUUUUUAACAAAGGAUUUACUAAUUGAUAAUUUUGUGGAAGCAGCAAAAGAGUGUAAAGAUAACAAAAUCAAGACCAAACUAUUUCUUGAAGAGGGCUAUGAUCAUGGAUAUUAUUUUAUAUCAACAUUUAUUGGAGAACAUUUUAAAUUUCAUUCAUCUAAAUUGUCCUUGUAAAAUAAUUUUACAUUGAUGUUUAUUUUUAAAUAAAAGAAUAGCAAUGAAUAUUA